AUGGGUCAGCCUAAUCAAACUAUACCUACUGAAUAUGUCAUGAAUGAAGUUGGUUCAACAACAACAACUGAAGUUGUUGGAGCAGAAUUAGUUAAUACCCAACCUACAAAGAAGAGGAAAGCUAGUGCAAGUGGUUCUAGGCAAUCAUCUGCUUGUUGGGAGCACUUUAUUAGAUUACCAGAUGACUUAGUUGAUACACCAACUGCAGCUUGUAAACACUGCCACAAAAAAUACCUAUGUGACCCUAGGACUCAUGGCACCACCAACAUGAACCAUCACAUUCUAAAAUGUGCAAAGAAGCCUAGAACCAUUGAUCCCACCCAAACUAUUUUGACAUACCCCUCUGCAGAAGGAUCUAGUUUGGGUCAUGUUAGCUCCAAAUUUGACAAGCAAGCUUGUAGAAAAGCUUUGUCAAUUUUUGUGGUUCUAGAUGAACAACCAUUUAGUGCAGUUGAGGGGGAAGGUUUUAAGUACUAUUCUAAAGUAAUGCAGCCCCAGUUUACUCUCCCAUCUAGGCGUACAGUAGCUAGAGACUGUUUUCAGCUACACUUGGAUGAGAAACAAAAACUAAAAGCCUUCUUUAAGUCUGACUGCAAUAGAGUAGCACUUACUACUGAUUGUUGGACUUCUAUCCAAAAUCAAAACUACUUAACCCUUACGGCACACUUUGUGGAUAACGAAUGGAACUAUCAAAAGAGAAUUAUAAGCUUCACAGUUAUUCCAAACCACAAGGGUGAUACGGUAGGUAGGAAGAUUGAAGAGGUGUUAAGGGAUUGGGGAAUUAGGAAUGUGUCUACCAUAACUGUUGAUAAUGCAACUUCAAAUGAUGUAGCUGUAGCAUAUUUGCAUAGAAAAAUAUCAACUAUGAAUGGGAUGAUGGGGGAUGGAAAAUGUUUUCAUAUGAGGUGCGCUGCUCACAUAUUGAAUUUGGUGGUAAAUGAGGGUUUGAAAGAUAAGCAUUUGUCUAUUACUAGUGUUAGGGAUGCUGUUAGAUUUGUCAAGUCCUUGCCUCAUAGGGCAGCCAAGUUUAAAGAGUGCAUUGAAUUUGCUGGAAUAACUUGUAAAAAACUAGUAUGUCUCGAUGUUUCAACUCGUUGGAACGCGACAUAUUUGAUGCUUGAGGCUGCAGAGAAAUUUCAAGCUGCUUUUGAUAAGCUUGAGUAUGAAGAGUCGAGCUAUAGGGAGUUCUUUGGAAAAGGUAGUCCUCCUAGUAGUGAUGAUUGGGACAUUGUUAGAGCUUUCAUCUCUUUUUUAAAGUUAUUCUAUGAAGCAACUAAUGUUUUUUCCACCUCUCAAAGUGUGAGUUUGCAUAGUGCUUUUCACCAAGUGUCUGCGAUCUAUUGUGAGCUGAAGCAAGCUACUAUGAACUUAAAUGAUGUUUUUGCAAGUGUGGGUGGGGACAUGAUGGAAAAGUAUAAUAGAUAUUGGGGGUGUGCUACUAAGAUGAACAAGUUGAUUUAUUUUGGAAUCAUCCAAGAUACAAGUUGA